AGUCUGACUGUCCUGUCACUCUUUUGUAUAUUAUUAUUUAUUUUGUUGUUUGUUGUUUUGUUUUGUUAUUUCAAAAUAAAUAAUAACUAAAAACACGGCCCGAGUGCUCACAGUAGAUACUCAUAAUCAAAGACUACAAUAUCGUCCCAUAUUCGCAUAGUAGGUAACAUGGAGCAGGAGCUGUGCGGCGAGAGGCGCCUCCACGCCGCCACAGUGCAGGUUUGCAUGACAUGCCUGGACACUGACAGCCAAAUGUUUUCAGUGAGCGAAUGCAAGUUGGAACAAGCGUAUGAGCACUUGACUGGUUAUCCUUUGUUUGACGUAGGCAACCUACAACACUCACUUUGCGCUGAAUGUGCUCAGAGAUUGACAAACUUUGACAAAUUCAGAGACAAGAGCUUGAGAGCUCGUGCGCUUAUGAUGGACUUGGUAAAACAACAUGAAGUGAUAACGAGACAGCACAUCGCUGCAUUGCACCCGCUGGACCACAGCACGCAGGCCUCUGUAGAGACGGCCUGGGACAGCGCAGACGUGGCCUCGGUGAAGACGGAGCCCGACCUGCGCGCGGACUGGGACAGCGCAGACGCGCAAGCCUCGGACAGCGAAGACGCGCAGGCCUCGGUGAAGUCCGAAGGCAGUGCCAGCAUGCUGCGGGACGCCAAGCUGCUGGACGAGGCUCUGUGCAGAGUGCUGCUGACGAGAAUGUCGCGUGUGGAAGAGCGCGCGCUGGCGACGCGGGAUCUGCUGAAGUGCGAGAAUGUGACGCUGCAGUGUACGGAGUGCGGCGAGGAGUUCUCCCGCGAGCGCGAGUACAACGAGCACGCGCACUCGAGACAUCCACAGACUCGCGCGAGUGAAGGCUGCUCAGCUACCGUCGUAUUGGCCGCGAGACUUGCGAACACUGACGACGAAAGAGAGCACCCUGACAAUAUUCAACAGGCUGAAGCAAUCGACAAAUGUGAACAAGUGUUUGGGAUUGAUAAUGACGAAGCAGACAACAAACAGAUCCAAAAAUACAAUGAGCCUACGCAGUGCAUAAAAUCACCAUUAAACAUUUGCAGUUUUUCUGAUUUGGUCAGUAAAAAUAAUGAUACUGACCCUGGUGAGGCAGAAAGCCAAGAUGAACUCCCUAUAUCAGAAACCAAUGAAUCAGUCACCUCACAUAUUGUUACUGUAGACAAAGUUUCGUUGAACAAUGACGGUGAUGUGGGAAAUAUAGUAACAAUGGAAACUACGGAACUUUCAUAUUCAGCAAAACAUGUAGAGGAAACAAGCAACUAUAUAUGUGACAUUUGCCAACAUAGGUUUAAAUGUAAAAAUCUCCUAGUGAAACACAUUAUGGCUCACAGUAUAGAAGAACCGUUUGUUUGUGAGUUAUGUCAGUACAAGUUUAGUCAGAACAGUGACUUAGUGCAGCACAUGAGAACACAUACUGGAGAUAAACCCUUUAGUUGUGAGUUGUGCCAGUACAAAUGUAGUACAAAAUCAGCUUUAGUGCAGCACAUGAGAACACAUACUGGAGAUAAACCCUUUAGUUGUGAGUUGUGCCAGUACAAAUGUAGUACAAAAUCAGCUUUAGUGCAGCACAUGACAAUUCAUAUUGGUAAUAAAUCCUUUGUUUGUGAGUUGUGCCAAUAUAAAUGUGCGCGGAAAAGUCAUUUAGUGAGCCACAUGAGAACACAUACUGGAGAUAAACCCUUUAGUUGUGAGUUGUGCCAGUACAAAUGUAGUACAAAAUCAGCUUUAGUGCAGCACAUGAGAACACAUACUGGAGAUAAACCCUUUAGUUGUGAGUUGUGCCAGUACAAAUGUAGUACAAAAUCAGCUUUAGUGCAGCACAUGAGAACACAUACUGGAGAUAAACCCUUUAGUUGUGAGUUGUGCCAGUACAAAUGUAGUAGAAAAUCAGCUUUAGUGCAGCACAUGAGAAUUCAUACUGGUGAAAAACCAUUUGUUUGUGAGUUGUGCCAAUAUAAAUGUGUGCAGAAUAGUACUUUAGUGCAACACAUGAGAACACAUACUGGUGAAAAACCAUUUGUUUGUAAGCUAUGUCAUUAUAAAUUUGCACAGAAUAGUAAUUUAGUGAAGCACAUGAGAACACAUACUGGAGAUAAACCCUUUAGUUGUGAGUUGUGCCAGUACAAAUGUAGUAGAAAAUCAGCUUUAGUGCAGCACAUGAGAACACAUACUGGAGAUAAACCCUUUAGUUGUGAGUUGUGCCAGUACAAAUGUAGUAGAAAAUCAGCUUUAGUGCAGCACGUGAGAAUUCAUACUGGUAAUAAAUCCUUUGAUUGUGAGUUGUGCCAGUAUAAAUGUGUGCAGAAUAGUACUUUAGUGCAACACAUGAGAACACAUACUGGUGAAAAACCAUUUGCUUGUAAGGUAUGCCAUUAUAAAUGUGCACGGAAUAGUAAUUUAAUGCAGCACAUGAGAACACAUACAGGAGAUAAACCCUUUAGUUGUGAGUUGUGCCAGUACAAAUGUAGUAGAAAAUCAGAUUUAGUGCAGCACAUGAGAAUUCAUACUGGUGAAAAAACGUUUGUUUGUGAGUUGUGCCAAUAUAAAUGUGUACGGAAUAGUCAUUUAGUGCUUCACAUGAGAACACAUACUGGGGAGAAACCAUAUGUUUGUAAGAUAUGCCAUUAUAAAUUUGCGCAGAAUAGUCAUUUAGUGCAGCACAUGAGAACACAUACUGGAGAAAAACCUUUUGCUUGUAAGCUAUGCCAGUACAGAUGUAUUCAGAACGCGAGCCUGCUGCGGCACAUGAGAACCCACUCAGAUGAGAACAAAUAAAAUUAUUCCAUGUUAUCAAUUGAAUAGUUCAGUAUUUAGUAGCUACUUAAUAUAUAAACUUAUCUA